AAAUCAUCUCCCUCCCUACGUUUGUGCGCAUAGGAGUAGUAUUACAAAUCUGAGUUAGAUACACUUGGUCAGAAUGUUGGGCAAACCUUGCUGUCUUCUCCUUCCUCAUAGGCGCAAAGAGAAGAAGGCCAACCCGAAGACUGGAUACUUUCCCGUUAGCUUUCUUCUUCCCUUAGACGCUGAAGUGAGAGUCUCCAAACUGAUUGCUCACUCCAUGGAUUAGAAGCAAACCAAAUCUCUCUUAUUCCUUGUGACCGUGAGCUCUUUUGAGAGUAACACAAAAGAAAACCUCCGAGACUUUACAUCACUCUCAUCCCUUGCAGAAGCCUUGAACUUCAAAGGAAAGGGCAUUACUCUAGCAAGGAGUUGAGGUACUGCCUCUCUGUACAUGCACCUCACCAUUUCUCUCUGUCCCUCCAUGGAACUUCCCCUCGCAUGCAGCCGAAGCCAGAACUAUAGGAGCGCUGAGAGAGGGCAGAAGCUGCUACAUCUUUUGGUUGCUGCCCCGUGACCAUUUAAGAACCUUUGGUCACAUGUAAUAAGGUGCACGUAAUUCUUAUUGAGUGGGCUGAAUUUUGGUGCUGUUGAUUAUUGCAUGGACAUAAGGAGGACGUAAAAGCUUUUGAGGACUUGGAUAUUUGUUGUUGGCUUCUACUAUUUUGGGCAUGCUGCUAUUGAUGUGAUAUUUUAUGGAUGACUGUAUGAAAUUGAGAAGCUUUUAUUACUGUGAACUAUGAUUUUAUUAUUGCAUUACGAUUUUAUGACCAGCAAGUAUUUUGGAAACAGAUGUUGAAAUUUGCGAAAAGGAUUUUGACAUGUUAUCUAAAUGCUGAGUUUUGAAAAGUCUUUGCGAGCACUUUGUAAGUUGUCGUACUGGGGCUAUGGACCUCCGAUUUUCUUAUAAUUUAUAUGCACGCGUAGCCCCAGGUGUCUAGUUUCAUUAUAUAUAAACCUUGCAAAGAAAUUCUGAAAGAUCGAUUUAUUAUGAAUUUUACCAGCCAGGACAUUUGUGAUAUUUCCACUAUUUUCUCUCUUAUUUUGCGAGUUAUGUUUCGAGGGGCAAACGAACUCCAAACCACUAUUAUUUUAUAUGAACGUGAAGCCCCAGAUGUCUAGUUUCCAUAUUACAAAGAAUAUAUUUUUGAAUUGUUGAACUGGAUUUUAUACGAAUUUUUAAAGACAGCAAGGUCUAUCAGGAAAUUUAUAUUUUUAGUAAGUUGAAGAAAUUUUGCGUAUUCUGAUUUUAGUAAUUAACCAGAUCCCCUCUUUAGUUUUAAUUGGCAAUGUAAAAGCGAUUUUUUUUCAGUCUCUAAAAUACUAUUAAAGAACUCUAAUUCCGCUUAGCAAACAACUCUCUUGGAGGCCUACAAGAGAGGGUGUUACAUUGGGGACACAAAAAUUGGCAGUGCAUUAUGCGAUCUUGGGGCUAGCAUUAAUUUGAUACCCCUUUCUGUUUGUAAAUCCUUGGGGAUCACCGAGUUAAAGCCCACUUUGGCAUCUCUUCAACUUGCUGAUAAGUCUUUGAGGAAGCCUAGUGGUAUUAUUGAAGAUGUUCUUGUAAAGGCAGACAAGUUCAUCUUUCCUGCUGAUUUCGUAGUGUUGGACAUGGAAGGGGGAGCUGAGAUGCCUCUUUUGCUGGGUAGACCUUUCUUGGCCACUGCUCGGGCAUUGAUUGAUGUUGAAAACGGGAAGCUUGAGCUAAGGAUGAAUGAAGAGACCGUUACCAUUAACGUCUUUGAUUCUUUAAAACAGUCUUCUCACAAAGAUGAUUGUUUUAGUCUUGAAGUAAAGGAAAAACAAAGUGUAGCGGAUGAUGCCAAGGAAGAUGGUGCCAUAAAGGUGGAUUUGAAGGAGCUUCCUCAACCUCAAAAGAAUGUCUUCUUGGGUGAUAAGGAGGCGGUGAUUGAAGCACUGAAGGAAGAGGAAACUGAAUUGAAAAAUAAAGAUCCCUUUUCCCAUACGAACAAAAUUCUCAAUGAGGAUGAUGACAAACCUGGGAGGAAAUCUAAAAGGAGGCGUCAUCCUAUGCUGAAGAAGGUACUAAGAAAGGAAGUGGUGAAACUCGUUGAUACGAGUUGGAAGAGACAUCGGGAGCUGAAAUUUGACAAGAGACACCGAGACUCUAUCUCUCGAAAAAACCAAAGCUUCAAAGAGUUCCUCGCAUGGAUUAAUAUUUUGGAACAAAUCUGGGAAUUGUGGUCUCAUACACCAAGGCAUCCAGCACCACCAGAUCCUCCAUUUGCUGAAUCAUCCCACGCUGCUGAGGGGGAUGACAUGGAGGGUUGAUCAUAUCUCCUUGCUGAUGGAGAUUUUGUAUAUUAGUUUAUUUUUCAGUUUCGUAUUUUUAUUUUUUUAUUUUUAUUUUGUGUUGGUUUAUUUCUCUCUGAUGUUUUACUGUGUGCAUUAUAGUUUAUUCUAUAUGCCACUGUUUGUUCUAUUGUGUAGGUUUUUCUUCUUUCUCGUGGUUUAAUUAUUGCUGAGGACAACAAUUCUCUAAAUCUGGGAAUGGUAGGCAGGCUUGCACCUGAGAACUGCAAUUCUUCUAUCAGGGGAAAUACUCUAACUCUUUUAAUUUUCUUAGUUAAUUUUUAUAGUUAUUUUGUGUGAUAUAUAUAAAAAAUAAAUAAAUAAAUAAAUAAAUUUUUGAACAUGUUUUCUGAGCAAGUCCCAGGUUUAGAUAUGCUUUCCCUAGUUAACUUGCCUGAUUCAUCCUAGGAAAUAUGUUUUGUAUGAACUUCUGGCAUGAUAUUGUAUGGGCAUGAGUAGACUUCAUGAUUGCUCGUUUGUCUGAAUUUUGUGUUUGAAUGAUUAAUGAUGCCUGAUGUUUCUUUUGGAAGUCUAGCUUGACAUCAUAGCUGGUGAGGUUUUGUGCUUAAACACUUAUUUUAUUCUGAGAGACCUCAUUGUGAUAGCAUUCUAGAACUUGCUCUAUUUCUCUGAGAUGCAUGCAUUGGUUGAUAUGAUAAAGGCAUUUUGUUCUUGUUAGCUAUUGGCCAAAAAUAACCCACCUGUAUGAAUUUUUCCACUGCUAACCCCUUUGAGCUUGAGCCUUUUUGUUCAUAAUUCCUGAUUGAUGGUUUAGCCUAUAUCCAUGUGACUUACCUUAAUUGAGAUUGAAUUACUGAUAUGUUGGAAUAAUUGAUUGUUUCCUGUAUUGAGUCUUGUACAUUGCUGGGGACAGCAACGUUUAAAUCUGUGAAUGAUUUGAUGUGCUUCUGGCAAGUGUGGUUUUUUCAUGUUAAAAUUGAAAAGAAUUGAAUCAUAAGAGAGCAAUUUAAAUACAUAUUUGCUAUUUAUAUUGAUUCUUUCUAUGUCAAUAAUAUUCAUCUUUUGGUUGUGUUUUUACAGGAAAAAGAGGAGUGAAAAUUACAAAUUAUAAAAAGCCUGUUGACGCGACUCCACACGCACAAUUGUAUCACAGUAUAAAUGCCAGAGAUUUGGCGCAUGUUGGCACCACACUGACGCAAACCAGCGCCAGAUUGCGAACUUUGCAGCGGAGACCUUGUGCAUGGCGCCAUUAGGCGCCCAAUCAUGAAGCAAAUGGUGCCUCCUAGCACCAUGGCGCCACUAGGCGCCCACAAAGAAGGAAAUUGGCGCCAAAUGGCACCCAAAAGAUGAAGAAUGGCGCCAACUGGCGCUGAGUCACGGGAAUUGGUUCCGAAUUGCAGCAUACAUUGGGCAGGAAGUUGGCGCAAACGUGCGCCAAACCGGCGCCGGGUUGCGGGAUAGAAGUACCGUGUUAUCUCGGGGGUAUUUUUGGAAGAAGGAAAAGAGUCAUAUAAAUAGGAUCCUUUUGACAUAAUUAGGGAGUCAGACCUAUUUUUCUUCAGAAGGAGACUGAUGGCAGAGCUCAGGAGGAUUCUUCUACAGUUCUUCUUCUUCUCUUUUCUUCUUAAUUUUAUGCUUUUGAAUAUUGGAUUAUUUUUAGCCAUGAUUAUGCUUGGCUAGUUUUCUUUUAUUGUAGUUAGGGUCACAAACCCUAUGUGAACCCUUGUUACGCGGAUUGAUUUAUAAUUGCUCGUUUAUAUAAUUCUCUUUAUCUCUA